AUGUUUCCUGUACACCAUUCGCGUUGAAGAUUAAAUGUCCCUUGGACUAUAUUUCCUCCACGGUUGUGAUGCGGUCUCUCUUCCAAUAGCCGGACACUGUGCAGUGAUGUUGCGUCGUGUGUUGAGGGCCGAACGUCUGCGAACGCUGAAACAGCUGCCAGUUGUGAGUGUGCCAGCAAGAUGGCUGAACCUCCAGGAGUUCCAGAGCAAGCGCCUCAUGGCUGAUCAUGACAUUGCUGUGCAGAAGUUUGAAGUAGCCAGUUCCGCAUCAGAUGCAGGGUCUAUAGCAGACAGACUACGUGUACCUGAGUAUGUUAUCAAGGCACAGAUCCUGGCUGGGGGUCGGGGGAAAGGUGUUUUCAACAGUGGCUUCAAAGGAGGAGUGCACCUCACAAAAGAUGCUAGUCAAGUGUCUGGUCUAGUCCAGAGUAUGAUUGGGCAGAGUCUUGUCACGAAGCAGACGCCAAAAGCAGGGGUGAAGGUCAACACCGUGAUGGUAGCCGAGGCCCUGGACAUUGAGCGGGAGACCUACUUCGCCAUCUUGAUGGACAGGAAGUACGACGGUCCAGUGAUGGUGGGCAGUCCGCAGGGCGGAAUGGACAUCGAGGAGGUCGCUGAGAAGGACCCAGACGCCAUCUUCACAGAUCCUAUUGACAUCACAACUGGGUUGGUAGAUGGUCAGUCUAUGAAGAUGGCGCUCAAUCUGGGCUUCACUGGCACCAAACAGAAGGAGGCUGCCAAGCAGAUAGAGCGUCUCUAUGACCUGUUUGUGAAGGUGGACGCCACACAGGUGGAAAUCAACCCGUUUGGGGAAACCCCUGAUGGCCGAGUUGUAUGUUUUGAUGCCAAGAUCAACUUUGACGACAAUGCAGCUUUCCGGCAGAAGGAUGUGUUUGCGAUGGACGACAUGUCAGAGAACGACCCCCGCGAGGUCGAGGCUGCUAAGGCCAACCUCAACUACAUCGGCAUGGAUGGCAACAUCGCAUGUCUAGUCAAUGGUGCCGGUCUGGCAAUGGCAACGAUGGACAUCAUCAAGCUCCACGGCGGCAACCCAGCCAACUUCCUGGACGUGGGCGGCGGAGUGACAGAGGACCAGGUGAAGUCUGCCUUCCAGCUCCUCACUGCGGACACACAGGUCAAGGCUAUCCUUGUCAACAUCUUCGGGGGCAUUGUCAACUGUGCCACCAUCGCUAACGGCAUCACCAACGCCUGCCGCACCAUCAACCUUUCUCUUCCUCUCAUUGUCAGACUGGAAGGCACCAAUGUUGAUGAGGCCAAGAAGAUUCUCCGUGAGAGUAAUCUCCCCAUUACAGCUGCCAACGACCUUGACGAUGCAGCCAAGAAGGCUGUAGCCAGCAUCAGAUGAUCACAUGAUUACUAGGGUCCCAUUCGUGAUUAUGUGAAUUAUCUGCAAACUGUUUAUGAAUGAUGUGAUUUACAUGACUUAGAUUCUACAGUCAGGCCAAUACAGACCUGGAUGAAUCUGACCUUGGCAACAGCUUGCUAGCCAGAUUGUGUGUCAAGGUCAAGGACAGACCCAGAAUGGAAGAGUUUAUUAUUUUCCAGGGGUUAUAGGUGGAAGGAUGUAUGCAUUCAUUCACAAUACUGGGGACCAGUUAUGGUAGCAUGUCACAUACCAGUCAUAUCACAAUAUCUUUUUCUAAUUUAGUUCAUAAUUCCCUUUUUACUGAUAUUUUAUUCUAGAAUUCUAGAAAAGAAAUUAAAUUUAUACCCUAAUUUUAAUAUUACCAUGACAAUAUAACCUGAUCCAAAGUUUGGACAAUUCACUUUUUGAUGCCUUAUAUUUUACACAAUUCCAUAAAGAUUUCAUCAUAUACCUGAACAUGAGCCAAAAUGUUAAAUCAUCAGUUUGUAGACAAUGUGCACAUUAAUAUAAGAAUGAGUGAAAUGCACUGUCAAUGCUUCUAAGGUUUAUUCAGGUAUCAAACUAAAAAGUCUAGUGAUAUGUAUUCUGGGUCUGUCAUUGGUCAGCUUCUUUUGAUUGACAUGUGAUUCUAAUGUCAUUAAUAACUUGAUUGACAGGUGAUGGAAUGUGAUGUGUGAUUGGAAGUCUGCAUGUGUAUGAGGUGUACCUGUUAGUGAAUUAAGGAUGUAGCUGAGUGAUGCCGACAUUAGUAUUUCUUCAUUGUUACCAUGGAUACUGUUGGUAUGGCAUUAUAUUGCCAAUAUUUAUUCCAUUAUAUUCAGUGGGCUAGUUAUUAAGGAUAUUACAGACUUUAUCAGACAGUGAAGGCUAGUUUUUUGUUUCAUAUGAAGGAGAGUGUCCACAUGUUUACAAUUAUUUGAAGUUAACUUCCUUUAGUGUUUAGGCUGGUGGGUUUGUUUUUUUUUCACUACUUAGAAAAAUAUAAAGCCUUGUUUUUUUUGUGUUGAGGGAUAUAUUAACUUAGUUCUGUGAUGUUUGGUUAUGCAUAUAUAGGAAUGAUAUGGACAAUGGUGAUACCUAAGGAAAUCCAAAGUGAUCCAUCUAUUUCAGUGCCUAUUAACAUGAAGAACUAACAGAGCAGUUAGCAGCUAUCACUUGAAGAGAAAAUAAACACAUAAUGGUAUUCUAGCUUACAUAUUUUCCAGUAAGAUGUUGAUUACUGCUCAAAGUGAUUGAAAUGUGAUCAUCAGAGUCAUGUUGUGUACAGUUUCAUUGAAACCAUUGUUCGAAUAUCUAAACAGCUAUCCAAGAGCUUGAUCAAUUAUCUGGUGUGGAAGUGAGUGAGUCUGAAUUAAUUCAGCUCUCAACAAGCUGCAAUGGUGUUCAUUAUGUAUCAGACUUUAAUAGUAUAGUAACUGCUCAAUAUAUAGUAUACAAAGUUA